UUUCAUUUGGUAAAGCAGCAUCUAAUAAGAACAUCAGCCGAUCUUCAUCUCUAUAUGAACUGUCCUAGAUAAUUCAAAACUCUUCCUUAUAAUCGUUGACGUCGCCACUCCUCGAUCUCACUUUGCUGGUUUAAUUUGUCACCUUCAACCUCUUCCUUGCCCUCGAUCGCUUUUCUUCAGUCAAAACUCUGGCUAACAUGGCUACUUGUCCAAGCAUGAUUGUACCAGAAGUUCUUAGAAAAGAAAAUUAUGAAAGGUGGAGCAUUUUAAUGGGACAUUAUUUAGUAGCUCAAAAUCUUUGGGACGUUGUUCAAGUAAAUGAGAUGCCUGACCAGGGAGAGUGGAUUCAAAAGAAUGCUUUAGCUCUGCAUUCAAUUAAGGUUUCAUGCGGAACAGAAAUGUUCAAUCGGAUUAAGAAGAUGGAUUCAGCCAAAGCUGCUUGGGAUGCUUUAGCCGAAAUGCAGCGACCACCUUCCUAUCACGAUCUUGCUGAGCUCCGAGAAGUUUUCCCUCAGGACAUUGACGAGUUGCAAGAAGAAAUCCCUCAGGACAAUGACGAGUUGCAAGAAGAAACGCCAACAGUGCAACAUACGACCUUGCAUGAUUUGAUUUGCCGGGGGAAUAUUGGCAAAGUAAAGCAGUUCUUACGCGACAAUCCGGAUUCAAGAUCUGAAAGUAUAUUAGACCCUGCUAUCCACGUUGCAAUUACUGCUGGUAAGAAAGACAUUGCACGCUAUCUCUACGAGGAGACUCUGCAAUGUCUAAAUGGAGAUCGUGGCUUCUUCCUCCUCCAAGAUCGUGGUUUCUUCCUCCUCCAAGAGUGUAUAAAAAAGAAAAUGUUUGGUAUGAGCUUUAAGAAUCUUUUUCUUUUUGCCGUUAAUGUUUCACUUUUAUCUCACAAACUUUGUACAACAUCAAAUCUGCCACAUCCCUUGAUUUUAGGCGAAAAUAACGCAAUCCAAAAUGUUCAACUCACGUUUCCCGUUUGCCUACCUUGGACAGCCACCAACAACCGCCAUUGCAACUCGUAUUCCAGCCCCCAGGGAUGGAACUAGGAAAAGCGACCUUUUUUUUCUUACACCCUAAUUUUAGUUUUUUUUUUUUCUUUGCGAAGGGAUUUAGGAUAGUUUCUUAAGCCUUAUUUGGCAUGGUAAUUUGAAAGUAAUGAUUAGUAGUCUUGUCUAAAUUAUUAAGUAUAGAUGUUUGAUUGUUUAUUUUGAAAUAAUUAGAAAUAAGGUAUUUAGUGAAAAUUUCUGGUUUGGAAUUGGCAAAAAAGGCAAAUCAGCCCCUGUACUGGGUAAAUGGUGGCAAAUUAGCCCCUCAACUAAAAACAAAUGCAAAUUAACCUUUCCACUUGUUGUAUGGUUGCAAAUAAGUCUUUUUUGUAUGG